GGCGGGAAGCGACCAUGGCGGAGGCGGCGCUGAGGAGCUGCGGAGCCGCGGGAACGCCCCGGAAACGGAGCCGGGAUCCUGACAGCUCCUCCAGCUGGGAAUUCCGGACCCCGGAGCGCAAACGGCUCCGAGCCCUUCCCGAAUCCCCGGCCCGGAAUUCCCACCAGGAAAACCAGGAGGAGGAGGAAGAGGAAGCUUUUCCCGGGAAAUCGGCACGUUCCCUGAGAUUGGACAUCCCGGCGGGAAAUCCGGGAAUUCCCGGGAAUUCCCAGCCCGGCUCCGCCUCUUCCCACAAUUCCCAACUUCCCGUGGGGGCUUUUUAUGGGAAAAGGAUUUACCUGGAUCCUCUGGAGAGGAAACGGAAUUCCAGCGGGAAUCGCAGCUCCAAAAGCAAACCCAAUCCCAAGGCCCAGCGGGAGAUUCCCAAAGGGAAAAGCAGCGGGAAUGCCGGGAAUUCCCGGAGUUCCGAGGCUGGGAAUUCCCAGAUUUCCCAGAAUUCCGGGAUUUCCCAGAAUUCCCGGAAUUCCGAGCGAUUCCGGGUGCUGAGCGCGGGCGUGCGGCCGCCGCUGCGGCUCCCGCUGGGCUCCGCCUUCUUCCUGAGCGGGAAGAGAUCCCGGAAAAACGCCGGGAAUUCUUCCGGGAAAAGCUCGGGAGACUCCGGAGCCGCCUCCAGGGAUCCUUCGGAAAAGGCUCGGCCGGGGCCGGAAAAAGCGGGAAAGGCGGAAAAAGCGGGAGAGGAAAGUGCGGGAAGGAUUCCAGAGGCUCGGGAAGAGGAGAAGGAAAACCGGGAAUGCUCCGGAGAGCCGGGAACGGCCGGGAACGGCACCCGGAAUUCCGAGGGGAAGGAGGAAGCCCCUGGAAUUCCUCCCUCUUCCAGCCCAGAUUCCUGGGAUUCCCCCGGCCCCAGGAAGGAACCGGGCUCUCCGUGCCCGGCCGGGCUCUUCCCCAUCUUCCUUCCCGCCCGGAAGAGGCCCCUGCAGGAGCUCCCGGCUCCCCUCAGCCCCUCUGGAAAAGCUCCCAGGAGAUCCAAGGAAUCCUCGCGGCAUUCCCGGGAUCAGAUGAUCAUUGACGCGGGGCAGCGUUCCCUGUCCCCGGAGCGCUGCGGAUCCUGCGGGAUGCUCUUCUCCCCCGCCCUGCCCGAGGAUCGGCUCCAGCACCUGCGGCACCACCGCAGCCUCCGGAACAGACCCCGAUUCCCGGGCUGGAAGCAGGAGCGCGUGGUGGCGGAAUUCUGGGAUGGGAAAAUCGUCCUGAUCCUUCCCGGAGAUCCCAAGCACGUCCUCAGGAAGGCCCGCCUGGCCGUGGCCGCGGCCGAUGGGGAGCUGGGUCUGGGGGGAGGGGCCCCCUGCAGCCCCCGCCGGCGCCUGCUGCUCUUCCUGGGGGGGGGAGGGGCCCUGCAGGGCUGCCUGGAGGCCACGCCCAUCACACAGGCGUUCCGGGUGCUGCCGGAGCCGUUCCCGGAUUCCCGGGAUAACGGCGAGGAUCCCGAUUCCCGCUCCCCGCGCUGGGCGUGGCGCUGCCGGCGGGAUCCGGAGCCGGCCGUGUGCGGGAUCAGCCGGAUCUGGGUGCUGCCGGCUCGGAGACGCCGCGGGAUCGCCCGCAGGAUGCUGGACACGCUCCGGCGCACGUUCGUGUUCGGGGCCGUGCUGGAUUCCCAGGAUUUGGCCUUUUCCGACCCCACUCCGGACGGGCGGAGCCUGGCGGCCGCCUACUGCAACCGGCCCGACUUCCUGGUCUGCAGCUUCCUGCCGGGAUCCCCGGGAUCAGCGGGAUCGGGAUCAGAGGAGUCCCCAAAAUCAGCGGGAUUGGGAUCAGCCGGAUCCCCAAAAUCAGCGGGAUCAGUGAAAUCAGCGGGAUCAGUGAAAUCCUUGGGAUCGGCCGGAUCGGGAGCCGUGGGAUCCCUGGAAUCAGCGGGAUCGGCCGGAUCCCUGACACCCUUGGGAUCGGCCGGAUCGGGAUCAGAGGGAUCCUCAAAAUCCGUGGGAUUUGGAUCGGCCGGAUCCCCGAAAUCAGCGGGAUCGGGAUCAGCAAAAUCAUCGGGAUCGGCCGGGUCAGGAUCAGUGAAAUCCUUGGGAUCAGCUGGAUUGGGAUCAGUGAAACCAUCGGGAUCAGCGGGAUCGGGAUCCACGAAAUCAGCGGGAUCCACUGGAUCGGGAUCAGAGGGAUCCCUGGAAUCAGCGGGAUCGGCUGGAUCGGGAUCUGCCGGGUCAGGAUCAGGGAAAUCCUUGGGAUCAGCUGGAUUGGGAUCAGUGAAACCAUCAGGAUCGGGAUCAGCGGGAUCCCUGAAAUCCUCGGGAUCGGCCGGAUCGGGAUCAGCUGGAUCCCUGAAACCAGCGGGAUCAGCGGGAUCGGAAUCCGCGGGAUCCACCGGCUCAGGAUCCCUGGGAUCAUCGGGAUCCGUGGGAUCCUCGGGAUCCGCCUGAAUUCCCGAGGGGCUGCAAAGGCCGGGAUGGACCCGGCCGGGAUCCCAAGGGAUCCUUCCCUAAAUCCCUUCCCAUCCCUUGGGAAUCCUUCCCUAAAAAUCCCUCGGGAAUCCCCCGUUCCCUUCUUUUCUUCGGGAAUCUUUUCCCUCCCCAUCCCUCAGGAAUCUCCCUUGGAAAUUCCUCCCCGCUCCGUUCCACCAGAAUUCCUGGAAUUCUCCCGGAAUUCCUUCGGGAUUUCAGCGAUUCGGGCUCAGGGAUCCCUUCCCGAGGAUUUUCCCGCUGGAUCAGCAUCGGGAGCCGCCCAGGAGGGAAAUUCCAGGCGUUUCCUGGGAAUAUUCCCGGGUUUUGUGAGGCCAUCCCGUGGAUUUGUGAGCAGAUUCCCGGUUUUUAUGGAAAUAUUCCCAGAUUUUCUGAUGUUAUCCCAUAGAUUUAUAGAAAUAUUCCAGAGUUUUAUGAAAAUAUUCCUGAGUUUUAUGGAAAUAUUCCCAGGUUUUGUGAUGAUAUCCCAUAGAUUUAUGGAAAUAUUCCCAGUUUUUAUGGAAGUAUUCCAAAGUUUUAUGGAAAUAUUCCAAGGUUUUGUGUUAUUCCAUAGAUUCAUGACAAUAUUCCCAGGUUUUAUGAAAAUAUUCCCAGGUUUUAUGAAAAUAUUCCAAGGUUUUAUGACAAUAUUCCAUAAAUUCCUGACAAUAUUCCAAGGUUUUCUGGUGUUUUCUGGGAACAUUCCAAGGUUUUCUGAGGGGAUUUGAUGGGAAUAUUCCAGGGCUUUUUGGAGGAUGUUCCCGCCCCCUCAGAUUCCCAAAAUCCCGGAAAAUCCCAGGGAAAAAUCCACCAGUGCCAGGGAUGGGGAGGGAUCUGUUUAUUGGGAAUGGUCGGGAACGUUCCGGAGGGAAAACUGGGAAAAAAUUCCAACGGGAAAAAAGGGAAAAUUCCAGGAGAAACAAAAGGGAAAACUCCAAUAAAAAAAAGAAGGAAAAUUCCAAUUAAAUAAAAGAGAAAAAUUCCAAGAAAAAAAAAAGUGGGAAAAUCCCAAGAAAGAAAAGGGAGAACUCCAAGAAAAAGAGGGAAAAUUCCAAUAAAAAAAGAGGGAAAAUUCCAGUGAAGGAAAUGAGGGAAAAUUGAACCCAGAGGAGGGAAAAUGCAGCGGGAAAACUCGGGAAUUCAAGUCCGAAAAAAGAGGGAAAAAUCCAGCUGGGAAAGGAGGGAAAACCUGACCCAAAGGAGGGGAAAUCCAGGAAAAAACCUCGGGAAAAUCCAAAUCCCCAAAAACUUGGGAAAAUCCAACUGGGAAAAACGGGAAAAUCCAACUCCCAACCUGGGAGAAUCCAACGGGAAAACUUGGGAAGAUCCAGGGGGGGGAAAAAAAGAGGGAAAAUCCCACCUGGAAAAAGGAAAAUCCAACUGGAAAAGUUGGGAAAAUCCAAACCCAAAUUUGGGAAAAUCCAUCCCGGAAUUCUGGGAAUGGGAGGGACACAAUUCCAGAUGCUCCCAGGGCCGGGAACGGCGCUGUGGGAAUCUGGGAAUAC